GAUAAGAACCUAUGGCACCCACGUGGGGAGCCUGCUUAACAUUCCUUCUAGAUAGUGAUUGGAUAACAUGAUGAUGAUUGACAAGAUAACGGGACAUACUGUGGUCUUCACGCGUACAAUUGGUUGCUUAUACUUAUUAUUCCUCCUUUAUUUUAAUGCUUACUUACUUUUUUAUUAAUCGUUUUCCUUCUGACUACCCCCAGCACCCUGGUCUAAGAUCCCUGGAGAAGACGUAUCAAGAUCCUGUAGUUUUUUUAUGUUCAGUACAUACCGUAAUUCAUCUCGAGCUAUUGUCUAUUGAAACUACACAUCCCAGUGACAUGAGUGAGUGAUUUCCGUUAUAUAAUAACGUUCUACGACUGGAUGCUUCCAAACCCGCAGUUAAAAGGUGUAAGUCUACCCAGACGCGGAUGAUCACAGUGCAGGCGCGGGAUCUCUGUGGACCUGGAUUGAAACUAACGGACAUAACGGUUUCUAAAGGGACGCAUCAACGGCACAGCAACUGUUUUUCUGCAAAUGAAUUUGAACAAGAUUAAGCCAAUGCUGUAAUGAGGAGAAAGUGACAAUAAGAAAUCUGUCGGGAAAAAAACGAUUCGAGAACAUACAUUGUUUAAAGAAAGAAAACCCUUUCUCAGGUGGCAGGAGCGCUACGGGAUUGUAGCCUAUUGAAACUCAGCAUGAACAAAUUCUUUACAGUCGUGUCCAUCUGCAAAUUACAACAAGACAGUUGUCUGGAAGCCAGAAGAGUGUUGUAAUCAGCUGCCAAUAGGCUUUGUAUUGGACAGGUUAAUUAGUAGAAUGUCUAAUUGGUUUCGGCGGAGGUUUGGAGAUUUUCCAGCGGUUGUCCACAGCCGUAGCGGCUCUCAGCCGUUGUAGCUACCCGCUGGUCGUUCAUAGAACCCUGCAAGGAUCAAUACGUGUUCUCCCUGUUCAUUGUCUUGGUGGAUGAACUUAAACAUAUUAUUAAUGAUUCGAGACCUGAGCAAGAUGUACCCACAGGCACGGCACCCGGUGCCUCACCAGCCAGGUCAACAGUUCAAGUUCACUGUGUCGGAGUCUUGUGAUCGCAUCAAGGAGGAGUUCCAGUUUCUACAAGCACAGUUUCACAGUCUGAAAUUGGAGUGUGACAAGCUAUCCAGUGAGAAGACUGAGAUGCAGAGACACUAUGUAAUGUACUAUGAGAUGUCUUAUGGACUCAACAUUGAGAUGCACAAACAGGCUGAGAUGGUGAAGCGACUGAAUGCCAUCUGUGCUCAGGUCAUCCCGUUCCUCUCUCAAGAGCACCAGCAGCAGGUGGUCCAAGCGGUGGAACGGGCAAAGCAAGUCACCAUGGCUGAACUCAACGCUAUCAUCGGGCAGCAACUCCAGGUCCAGCAGCUGUCCCAUGGUGGCCACUCCCUUCCAGUGCCCCUGACGCCUCACCCGGCGGGACUCCACCCCCCUCUGCCCCCCCUUCCCAGUGCUGGCAGCACCAGUCUCCUGGCCCUCUCCUCAGCGCUCGCUGCCCACCAGCUACCCUUUAAAGAUGACAAGAAACAUCACGACAACAACAAAAACGUCAACGAGCAGCAUCACCACAGAGAAAGAGACUCAGUAAAGAGUCUGUCUGUGUCCCCAUCGGCUGGGUUCCGACCUGGAGAGAAGCAUCGGAGUUCAGGAGACUUCACCUCUGACAGCAAGAAACAGAAGAUGGAUGACAAAGAGUUAACCUCCACACGAUAUGACAGUGACGGGGAGAAGAGUGAUGACAAUCUGGUGGUGGAUGUCUCCAAUGAGGAUCCUGUCUCUCCUAGAGGAAGCCCUUCCCACUCCCCUCAUGAGAAUGGAUUGGACAAAAGCCGUCUGCUGAAAAAGGAAGUCCCUCCUCUAAGCCCUGCCUCCAUAGCGUCGUCCAGUAGCACACCCUCGACCAGGUCCAAAGACCUCAACGUGGUCAGUCUCAUCAGGGCCUGCACCCUUUCCUCACAAAAUGAUUUAUUAAAACUGUUUGAGUUUUUGAGUGAAUUACAACAAAUUAAAUUCUUUCAGAAUGAGAAAUCCAGUACCCCCACGCCUCGAUCAGAUGCCCCCACCCCUCGUUCAGACGCCCCCACCCCUCGGUCAGAUGCCCCCACCCCAAGCAGUACCUCAACCCCUGGUCUGAGACAUGCAGGGGGGAAACCCCCUGGAGUUGAGGGCCUAGUCUCUGGCCUGCGAGUUCCCAUGGCGAUGCCUUGUCCGUACCCUGGGGCUUUCAGCAUGGUCACCCACCCAGGGCUCAACGGGCUGAGCAGCGAUGUGGGCGGGGCCGGCGCGGCCUACGCCUCCCUCCAUCUCUCCCCUCAGAUGAGUGCAGCUGCUGCCGCCGCUGUGGCAGCCUACGGUCGGUCACAGGUGGUGACCUUUGACCCGCAUCACCACAUAAGAGUUCCCGGUCUUCCUCCCAAUCUUUCUAACAUUCCUGGAGGAAAACCGGCCUACUCCUACCACAUCAGCACUGAGGGCCAGAUGCAGCCGGUGCCAUUUCCUCCGGAUGCCCUGAUUGGCCCGGGGAUUCCGCGACAUGCCCGGCAGAUCAACACGCUGAGCCACGGAGAGGUGGUUUGUGCCGUCACCAUCUCCAACCCCACCAAGCACGUCUACACUGGAGGGAAAGGCUGUGUCAAGAUCUGGGACAUCAGCCACCCAGGGACCAAGAACCCUGUGUCUCAGUUGGACUGUCUGAACAGAGACAACUACAUCCGCUCCUGUCGGCUACUGCCUGAUGGGCGGACUUUGAUUGUAGGAGGCGAGGCCUCCACACUGUCAAUCUGGGACCUAGCCACACCCACGCCACGUAUCAAGGCAGAACUUACAUCCUCUGCCCCAGCAUGCUAUGCCCUUGCCAUCUCCCCAGACGCCAAGGUCUGUUUUUCCUGCUGCAGUGACGGGAACAUCGCCGUCUGGGACCUGCACAACCAGACCCUGGUCAGGCAGUUCCAGGGUCAUACAGACGGGGCCAGUUGUAUAGACAUCUCCCAUGACGGAACCAAACUGUGGACUGGAGGUCUGGACAACACCGUCCGCUCCUGGGACCUGAGAGAGGGACGACAGCUGCAGCAACACAACUUCACCUCACAGAUAUUCUCCCUGGGCUACUGUCCUACAGGGGACUGGCUGGCCGUGGGCAUGGAGAACAGCAACGUGGAGGUCCUCCACCACAACAAACCUGACAAGUACCAGUUACACCUCCAUGACAGCUGUGUUCUCUCACUGAAGUUUGCCCACUGUGGGAAGUGGUUUGUGAGCACUGGGAAAGACAACCUCCUGAACACAUGGAGGACCCCUUAUGGAGCCAGUAUCUUCCAGUCUAAGGAGUCAUCCUCAGUGUUGAGCUGUGACAUCUCUGGAGAUGAUAAGUACAUUGUGACUGGCUCUGGAGACAAGAAGGCCACCGUCUACGAAGUCAUCUACUAGAUCUCACCUUUCCUGACCCGACCAACAAUUCUCCAUGACUACAAGUCUACGAGAUCAUCUACUAGACCUGACCUUUCCUGAACUGACUCCCCUCACCCCAGGAUUGCCUGUGUCAACUACCAUGUAAAUACAGACUGAUUCUGGAUCGGUUACUGCCAUGUAAAUACAGACUGAUCCCUGAUCGGUUACUGCCAUGUAAAUACUGCCUGAUCCCUGAUCAGUUACUGUCUUGUAGAUACAGACUGAUCCCUGAUCAGUUACUGUCUUGUAGAUACAGACUGAUCCCUGAUCAGUUACUGUCAUGUAGAUACAGACUGAUCCCUGAUCAGUUACUGUCAUGUAGAUACAGACUGAUCCCUGAUCAGUUACUGUCAUGUAGAUACAGACUGAUCCCUGAUCAGUUACUGUCAUGUAGAUACAGACUGAUCCCUGAUCAGUUACUGUCAUGUAGAUACAGACUGAUCCCUGAUCAGUUACUGUCAUGUAGAUACAGACUGAUCCCUGAUCAGUUACUGUCAUGUAGAUACAGACUGAUCCCUGAUCAGUUACUGUCAUGUAGAUACAGACUGAUCCCUGAUCAGUUACUGUCAUGUAGAUACAGACUGAUCCCUGAUCAGUUACUAUCUUGUAGAUACAGACUGAUCCCUGAUCAGUUACUGUCUUGUAGAUAUAGGCUGGUCCCAAGACAGGAUGAUAACAGGA